CUUUCCGGCGGCUGCGGCCGGGGCAUAAAAAAGUGGUCAAGCGAGGCGCAUACUAGAUUGCCCCGAAGUGUCCCUCGAAUGGAUAGCGCAAACAGUCUGAGCCCCCGGCGCCUUUCCGCCUUAGGGAUGAAUCAAAAGUCUCGUAGACAGUCGUACGCGGGUCAGUCGGGCGCAUACUCUCAAGACAGUGCGGGUCAGCUGAAGCGCGUGUCGACGGUGAACGGGCCAGUGUCUGCCCUUGACGGCCUACCGAUGUAUCGGCUCGACGUGAACAACCGCAGCGUCAGUCGGCGCACCAGCCGCAAUGAGGAUUCCUUCACUUGUUCCCAGCAAAGUAUCCUCAGCGCUAUGGAUCGUUUUGUCAAAUCCGUGAACAACAUGGAUGCCACCGUGCUCGUCCCUUCGCGGCUCCGAGACAUGGACUUGACCGACAAGAUGGGUCGUGCCCCUCCGUCCAAUCUGACACACACGGAUCUUUAUUCCUUCUACAACAUGCUCAACGACGUCAAGAACGAACUGCUGUGGGGGCCCAGCACGGCAGCAAGCUCCGCAGUGAUUCCAAUGCCUUCAAUGAUGCGGCCGCCCGCCAAGCACACGAGGCAGCCUUCGGACGACAGCUUGGGCUCGACGGGUUCCACGUCGGAUACCGACAGCGAUGUGGAUAGCGUGGUGACCGAUCGGGGUGAGAGCCUCGAGCAUAGCCUCCACCUUGCUGCUGCCUUUCGCCACCACCUGCAAGGUUUGCACGCAAUCCUCCACCAGCUCUCGGACUCUGCAGACUACCUGACGUGUAGGUAUCAAGAGGAAGUUGACGCGUCAUCUCUUUGAGGACUGCGAGAGACUUUUGUGUGUCUGUAUGCUGACGGUUUUUCUUCGGUCUGCCAUGUGGCUGUCGGAUUUCUGUGCCCUCCCCUUCCAACACCUUGGGACUUAACCCUACGUCGAGCGGGGAAAAAUUCCUCGAGGCAAAAAUAGCCGCAAAAUCUUUGUACCAGGAAAACGGUGACUCGUCAUACGUUUCAGACAACUGUGUUUCAAAAGGAACAACAGCAAAAAAAAUCGUCUCGGGGACAAAGUAUGUAUUGGAUUGAUCAACAUUUCGUUCUUUUUUUAAUCUAAAACUAUCGGUAAUUAUUCUCUUUGUCGAGUUCACUGCCCGGUCCCUGUCCCCGUAGCGUGUAUGACACGAAGGCUGGAAAACGGUGACCGUUUAAAAAUUCAGCUCGUCUUUAAGCUAGGGUUACUCGUUGCAGACGUCCGAUAGCCGUGUUUGAUUGUGUUACUUUCGGUACUGUGUAUUUAUUUUGAACGCACGGGAAGCCUCUGUUUUCCGGGUAAAACCUCGGCAUGUACCCUCGUCCUCCUCCCGUGAAAUGGCAGCGGAGAAGGUCCCGUAUGUGGGGCAAUGUAAGUUAUUUCUUCUCGACAGUCACCUACUUUUUUUUUUCCGAAGACGCAGCCGCCGAAAAGAAAGACUCGAUUGUAUUUUCUGCCUCUGGGACGAUUAUGUAAAUGGCAUUUGAACCGAACGGGUGCAUUCCUGUGUGCUUUUUUUUUUCUUCUCCCAGGAGGGUGUUGUGAAUGCCAUUUGGAGUAGCUGAGGUGGGGGUCCCUAUGCAAGGGGUAGGAUUCAACAUUCCAAGUGUCCUGCCUGACCUCUUAGAAUACUCACUUUUCAUGUGUUUCGUCUAAAUUGUACCGCGGGAGUGGUGGGGCACACCUGUUGGGGGUCUCAUAGGCUUGACUGUAUAACCUUGUAAAUAUUGUACAUAACUAGCAAACCUAGGCGACCGGUUUAUUAGUUAUAUUGCCAUGUGUAUGUAUGUUAAUAACAACUGAAUUUUUUUAAUACCUCGGCCUCGACUGCCAGUUCGUUACACCAGUUGUACAAUGCAGAUGAACUCUUCUUCUUGUGAUUAAAGAUGCCGAUAGUUUCAAACUAUAA